AUGAUCCGUCAAAAGAUGCUGGAGAGUAUGUUUGUAAGGUGUUUCAUCCAAGAAGUGGCUCCACCCUGUACAGGAGAAUUACUGUUGGAACCGAAAUGGAGAAUAAACAGCUGUUCUGUUCGAAGAUGUGCAACAGUGUCUGUAACCAGAUGUACACCCCUCUUUCCAGCUUGA